CAGUGAGUGCGCCGCACCGCCGCCCUGCUCGAGCCCCGCGCGCACGCGCAGCUCUGACGGAAAUGAUAGAAUGAAAAAAAAAGAAAUAAAUAAAUCGCGCACGCACACACAGGACAAAGCGCUUUACAGCGGAGCCUCGGGGGGUUUAUCCGCGCUGGAGGCUCCGGAGCCCGGUGAGGAGGCGCUGCCGUACCGCUGAGCUAUGCCGCACGCCGGGGGAGGAGCGGGGAGCCGCGGCCGCUGAUGUAAAUAAACCAGCAUCUGAUAAUAAUAUAAAUAAUAAUAAUAUUAAUAAUAAUAGCAGCAGCAGCAGCUUAUGAUGAGCGGAGCGCGGGACGCGUCUCCCGAUUUCGUGCUGAUGCGUUUGGUUUCCGCCACGGAUUACGAAGAAGAUCCGGUGGGUUCAGGGUUGGGCAAGACGGGGCACCUUCAUCAUCAUCAUCUUCAGCAUCACCACCAUCAUCAUCACCAUCAUCACCAUCAUCAUCUCCAGCAUCUCCAGCAUGGCCUCGGCGGCUCGGAGCGCGAGCAGGACGGCCGCUCAGAGGCAGGUGGGCAGCUCAUGGUCCUGCAGGACCUCCUGGGUCCAGGUGACCCCGGUCCGGGCGCACCUGCAGGAGCCAUGGGCGAGCAGAGCGCUGGGGUGGACGCUCCAGCCCCCCGCAGGUUCGAGUGGAGCCCUGUCUUCAGACUCACUAAAGUGUCCAGGGAGGUCUCAGAGACCCUCUGCCAGAGGCAUCGCCUCAUUUCCAGCGCUCCAGAGUGGUCACCCUUAGCAGACCACCUGGGCACCGGUGCCCACAAGCCCCCCAGCACUGCUGCAGUAGCCUCAGACCUGCAGGACCCCGUCCUGAACCUGGCCAGGCAUCUGGAGGAGCUGGGCAGGGCGGAUGUCCUGCAGAAGGAUGCUGAUGUUCCCCUGUGCACCUGCCAAAGCAUCCUGGGAGCCCAGCCUGGAGAGGACCCGAGUGAGACCAGUGAUGCUCUGCUGGUUUUAGAGGGUCUGGGGGCGCAGGAUGUGGAGACGAGCAAGACUGGCAUGGUGGUGGGCUCUCAGGACGUCUCAGAGGGCGGUUCUGCUGCUCAGGCGUUUCCUCAGCAGGGCGAUGGUGAUGCCUGUCAGGACCCUCAGAACUUCUCCAGCAGCUCCCUCACUGGACUCAUGAACCAGGUGCACCGCCUGACCCGGGAGGCCUGCUGCGACCCUGGACCUCCAGCAGAAGCUGAUGGAACUGGACUGCAGACUCCAGUCCAGGACAUUGUGGCUCCUGUCCAGACUCCUCUGAGUCGACCCCCCACACCCAAACAUGUGGGUUCACCCCUGACCUUUGCCGCCUGCAGCCGAGACAAGGAGCGAGGUGGUCAGAGGAAGUCGAGGAAAGGUUCGCUGAAGGUGUGCCUGAGCAAACUGUUUCGCACCAAAAGCAGCGGCAGUGGAGGCAGCAGCUCCAGCGUGGGCCACGCCACCAACAAGAGGCCCUCACUCGCCUCCUCCACCUCAUCCGGUGGCAGCCUGGUGGACGUGUGGGGCUCUAGCAGCACUGACCCCGACACGGGCAGCAGGCCUCAGCUGGCCAGGCCGCGAAGUGCCUACUCUCCUGUUCCCUUCACAGGUGAGACAGUGUCGCUGGUUGAUGUGGAUAUUUCUCACAGGGUGAACUGUCUUCAUCCUCCUACUCCUCCUCCUCCUCCUAGGAGAAGCCUCAGCUUGCUGGAUGAUUUUGGAGGCCCUCAACCUGGACGUUCACUCUCUAACGGGGGUGCAGCAUCCAUGCAGCCGCUUACACACUCUCACACCACCAUCCAGCACAGCCUCAGCCUCAACGAUACAUUUCUUCGCAUUGUUCCAAGGCCCCUCCCUCUCCAGCCUGACGGCCAAUCAGCUGCAGCAGUUGAACAGCGCCCUCUACUAUUUCCUCUGAGCCGGCCAGACUCCAGCAGCUUUGCCACCAGCCUCAGAGAACUGGAGAAGUGCGGUUGGUACUGGGGACCAAUGAACUGGGAGGAUGCUGAAAUGAAGCUGAAGGGGAAGGCAGACGGAUCCUUUCUGGUGCGGGACAGUUCAGACCCGAGAUACAUCCUCAGCCUCAGCUUUCGCUCACAGGGCGUCACACACCACACUCGCAUGGAGCACUACAGAGGAACGUUCAGCCUGUGGUGUCAUCCCAAGUUUGAGGACCGCUGCCACUCGGUGGUGGAGUUUAUCGAGAGGGCCAUCAUGCACUCCAAAAAUGGACGCUUUCUCUACUUCCUCCGCUCUCGCGUUCCAGGUCUCCCGCCCACUCCGGUACAGCUGCUGUACCCAGUGUCCCGCUUCAGCAGUGUUAAGUCUCUGCAGCACCUCUGCCGCUUCUGCAUCCGCCAGCUUGUCCGCAUUGACCACAUCCAGGAGCUUCCUCUGCCUACGCCGCUGAUAGUGUAUUUGCGGAAGUUUUAUUUCUAUGACCCCGAGGAGGAGAAAUACCUGUCAAUCAAAGAGACUGAGCGGGACAGUGGUGCCACACAGGAAGCGGAUUCUCAGACGUAGCAGGCCGCAACAGAACCAGAUGAAUAAUAAAUAGAGUGUUUAUUUUUAUUGUACAUGGACAGCUGCUGCUCGAUGACUCCGCCCAAAACCGGAGAUUGGACUGAAGUUUUACAGAUGGACACACAGACUACUGAUGGACUGUAAUCUCCUGUUCGAGCCGUUUAGGCUGCGCCAGCUAGGUUUCAGACCAUGAUCCUCCCUCUUUUCUCAGCCGGAGGGAUGGGGAUGUGGAAACCGGACAAAUUUAGGCCAGUGCUGUGGCAAUAUUAAUGAAGCAGUCAGACACCCGAGACUGAAAAUGCAACCUGAGGGGCUGGGAGUGUGGCCAGAGACUUGCGCUUUGGAUGCACUUGUCUGUCUUUUUGGACACCUCUCUGUCCUCUGCCUGAGUAAAUCCCACACGGCCUGGUGAGAAACAGUGAGAACUGGGAGUGAAAUAGUGGGCGUAAAGGAAUAGUUCACUGUUCACUGUUUCAAUCUAAUCUCUCGCUGCUGCACCUGUAACUGAAUUUUCCCUGAACUUAGAAAUGAACAAAGUCUAUCAAUUCAGAAGGUACUUUUACAGUAGGAGCCGGUGGGCUAUUUCUAAAUUCCCUGAAUAUAGGUUUCAAAUAUGUGACUAUUUUAAGUGAAUUUGAACCUCAUCUGUUUCACUUUAAAAAAAAAAUACAGUCACAGUUGCAUUUUGUCAGCAACAUUUAUACCAGAAAAAUAAAGAAAUAAAUAUCAGUUGAACUUGCUGCAAUAUGUUGUGUGAAAGCUCACAGUUUCAUUAUAAAUAAAUUUCAUGUGACAAUUCAUGUGAAAUCUGACAGAGGAACUAUCAAAGUUCAAACCACUGAUGAUAAAAUUUUGCAUCAUUGCGUAGGCUGCCUGUGAUUGGUUACUUAUAGGCUUUUCAAGUUCAGAGCCGGGCAGUUUAAAGUUUGCGGACAUCACGGACAUGUGAAUAAUAUAGGGAUCUAUGGGAGCUGUUAUAACUUAGCAUUUAGACAAUGUAGACAAAAAUAUUAAUCCCCCCCCCAGUUUUGGUAACUUCCUUCUCCACUAGCUAAGACACCACAUGUCACACAGUGCUGCCAGUGCUGGAAGCGUGAAAGCUAGCAUGCACUUUCUCCAAUACACUAAAAACUUUCACUGCAUGUACUCAAACUAAUUAACCCAAUGUAUUAACUACUAUGUAUUAACAAUGUAUUAUCUAUCUACUGGAAUUCAACACACUCCACACCUGUUCCAUUUGUUCUGAUUCAAAAUGCUAUUUUCCUGCUGUGGCUGUAGCUUAACUGUACAGCUCUAUUUAAUUUAAUCAUACUUUUUAGCUCCCCUUAUACCAGCUUUUCUGGUAUCUGGAAACUCUACCCACACUAAUUACUGUUCUUGUCCAAUCUCUGUAAGAAUAUAUUCUGCAAAAAUACAUGUUUCACAAAAGUGUUUGCUGACACUAUUCACCAGCGGUCUAUUGGCUUCUUUUUUAGAUGUUUUUUUUUUUAUAUUGUGGAGGUUUUUCAUUCUUUUCUCAGUUCAGGGAAAUGUGUUAAACUUCUUUGUGUUAAAGAGCAGUAAAUUGCAGAUGCAGCAGAAAGAGCUUAAUGGAAAAAGAGAAUUACUUUAAUAUUUUGCUUGAAAUUGUGGGGUCUCCUUCUGGCUGAGAUUUCUCUGGAACGUCUGCAGAGAUACGAGGUUCUUCUCUACUUGUGUUCUCUAAUGGUCAGUAAAAGGGUAAAGUGUGAGUGUGAGUGUGUGUGUGUGUGUACAUAGUGUAUGUAUGGCCUAUUUUAAGCUUGAAGAUGUCAAAUUCUUUGGCGGAGGUUAGAUCUCUGCACUAAAAAAAAACAUCACUCUGAUAAAGGACUGCCCGUACUAAUACCACACUGUCUGCUGUGGGUAAAAGAACUAUUUUCAAUCAACGCAUCUCAAAGACACAAUGUUAAAAUAAAAAUGGGUUGAAGGCUUCAAA